AUGGGAUACAUGGCUCCAGAAAUGUUCUACAGAAAUAUCGGAAGAGUUUCAUACAAAUCAGAUGUUUAUAGUUUUGGAAUGUUGUUGAUGGAAAUGGCUAGUAAAAGAAGAAAUUUGAAUCCGGCUGCAGAAAAUAUAAGCCAAAUUUAUUUCCCUUGUUGGGUUCAUGACACGCUCAACAAAGGAGUGGAAAUUGAUUUGGGGGAUGCUUCUUUGGAUGAAAGAAUAAUGGUGAAGAAAAUGACAAUUGUAGCCUUGUGGUGCAUACAGAUGAAACCUGACGAUCGUCCUUCCAUGAAUAAAGUUAUAGAGAUGCUUGAAGGAGAUGUCGAGUUGUUGCAAUUGCCUCCAAAGCCAUUCCUCUCUCCAGAAGAAAUGCCGAACAGUGAUAUAGACAUAAAUGAUAUGGAGUUUCCACUGUUGUCUGCUAGUUUUGAUUAG